AUGCGAGGACGAGGCCUGGACAAAGGCCGUCGCGAUAGCAAACCCGAUGCCAUCUGCGCCGCCGGUGACGAGGACUGUUUUGCCCGCUUGAUUGUUUUCGGAAAUUCAGAUAACCCCAUCAUCGACUCCAUUGCCGACAAAGGCAUUCAAGACCAGCACAACUUAAUAAGCGGUGGACUAGUUGUGGGCUUUCUGUGGCCGAGUGAGCGGACGAAUCGUGCGUUAAUCGCCGAUGAUUAUGAGUUUGAUGAAAACUCUGGCGUUGUUCCAGAUGACUUGCGGGCGAGAGCGGGUUUAAGCAAACCAGAGCCUCUCAGGGGGCCCCUUUGUGUCUGGUUCUCGAGUACCGGAGCGCUCUAG